AUUUUGCAUUCCAAAAUGACGGACCCGACAACGUCGCCAGAGGACCACUGGAAAACAGACAGCGCUUUCAGCGACAGUGGAUUUGACCCUAGUUACUUUGCUGAAACUGCCAGAAAGGGUACAGUUGUGUCCAGGGCCAACAGCAUCGGCUCGACAAGUGCCUCCUCAGUACCAAAUACAGAUGAUGAAGACAGCGACUACAGACAUGAGACGUCGUAUAAGGACUCGUAUAAAGAUCGACGGAGACAAGCGCACACACAGGCUGAGCAGAAGCGUAGGGAUGCUAUCAAGAAAGGCUAUGAUGACCUCCAGUCCAUAGUACCAACCUGCCAGCAGCAGUCUGAAUUUGCAGUGGGAGCACAGAAGAUCAGCAAGGCUACAGUGCUGCAGAAAACGAUUGACUACAUCCAUUUUCUUCAUAAAGAAAAGAAGAAGCAAGAGGAGGAAGUUUCAGUGCUGAGGAAAGAAGUUAAGGCCCUGAACAUCAUGAAAAAGAAUUAUGAGGACAUAGUGAAGGCCCACCAGAACAACCCACAGCAGGGAGAGGAUCAGGUGUCUGACCAGGUUAAGUUCAACAUCUUUCAGAGCAUCAUGGACUCCCUGUUCCAGUCCUUCAGUAAUUCUGUUUCAGUGAGCAGCUUCCAAGAACUCUCCGCCUGUGUGUUCAGCUGGAUUGAGGAGCACUGUAAGCCACAGACGCUGAGGGAGUUUGUUGUUGGGGUGCUCCGGCAGCUGAAUGGUCAGCUUUAUUGAUUGAAACCUCCGGACUGAACUCCCUGAAAUUGACUUUGGGCUAGCUCUGGCCUCUCAGGGUGGAGUAAAAACUCCAGUCAGCCUCAGGCCAUGCCACAGUAUUUACAAACACUUCAGCUCAUCAGCGACUCCUCGGCUGCAGUUGGAUUACUUCAACCCACUCAAUGGGCAGAGGUGAAAAGUUGUAUUGGACUGAGGAGAUGCAUGUUUGAGAAGGAGCUCUUUCUGAUAUAUUAUAGCCUCUGCAGUUUCGAUUUCUUAUUAUUGUUCUGCUAAGGAAUACAGGGGAAACACAAAAGCUCAGAAGUCAAAAUAAGAGUUUGCAAAUGAAUGUAUAAGUUAAAUGCAUCAGGUAGACAAGACAGUGUAAUUGUGGUCACUGUUAGCAGUAACUGUUUUUUGUUGAGAUAAGUCAAAACAAAGAUUCCUCUUACAGAUAGAGUUUAUUGAUCGUAUUGCUCCUGCAACAGAAAUUAAGAGAAAGCACGGUGAUGGAAAAACACCUGCACACACACAUACACACCCCCCCACCCACCCGUGAAGUCAGGCAUAACUUUGCAGCCUAAUGCUGAUCCAAAGGGCUCGGCUCAGCUUCAGUGCACAAACACUGAGUCAGCCAUACCACUCCUGAACCACAGCAGACAACUACACUACUGUCGGGUAACGGUCAUUUCCCCUAUGUGCACCCUCAGGAGAACGCUCUGUGGCGCUGUGCAUUUUAUCACGGAUUAAAACAAACUUUUCUACCUGUAGUGUGACAAAAUGAAGCUGUCGGUAUUUGCUGAAUGCUCAUGGGUGAUGGCAAUAUAGGCAGCAUAAAGGUCUAAGAUUUAUAAAUGACUUUUUCUAUUGACUUUGACAAUAAUUAAGAUACGCCGCACAUUGUGUUAAAUACAGUUAUUCAUUUGCAGUUAUACAUGUCGUGUUUAUUUGGAAGAUGUUUAAAUACAUAGUGUUGUGAUGAACCUUUCAGACUGCAGUUUAGUGUUUAAAUUAAAUGACUCAUCAGUGGCUUUUAUGAUCAGUAACAGUCAGCAACACAUAGGAAUUUUCAACACCACUAAGUGGAAAAUGUUCUGUCACUGUUCCCCCGACAGUCACAGGUUCCUGCUGAGAACCAUGGACACGGCCAUGCAUGGAGAGAUUUACAGCUGCUGUACUGAAUUUUUUUUUUUUAUAUAUAUUUUGAAUUUUAAAUGGAUGAUAAAAAGCAAACUUAUGUGCAGACUUGUGAGUUUUGUUUCGAGUAUCUGAGCAAGCAAAAUCUGUCAUACACAUGGUUAAUCUGUUCAGUGGCAAAGAGUUGCUUUACUGUUGUUGCUUUAAUCACAGGGAAGUGUUGUCUUGUUGCUUCAAGUGUUUUCUUUUGAUAGUUCUUUUAUAAAAGCCAUCUACUGUAUAUCACCAUCCAAAGAGUGACGUCAGCCUCUGUAAAAUAUGUUGAAUGUGUGUCCUGUUUAAUUUUCCUUAAGUAAAAUAAAGUGUGAGACUAUAGGAGUAAAAGACAAAUCUAGCCGGGCAGUGGUCCCCAUCUCCGCAGCUACCUGAUAAACAGACAAGUUAGGUUCUUUUGUUGAAGAAAUUCUGUUAGCACUUCUGUGUCAAAUGUUAUUGUCAUGAACAUUUAAUGAUUUGGCACCAAUACUGCAUGAAGAAACAGUACAAAGGAGAGGGGAAAAUAGGACAAUCGCCCCCAUAAUACCUGAAGGUUAUGAAUAAUAGUCAAUGCUUUAAACGCUGCAGUUUUUAUGUACAGGUAAAAAAAAAAAAAGCAAGAUGGACUUGAACAUGUAAUGAGCAACAAAGAAUGUACAGCCCUUAAAGCUAGAAUAAAAAAAUCCAUUCACAUUUUCAUCAUGGGCUCAGGAUUAGUUUUAUGGCUUUAAAAAGGGAAAAAAGAAAAUGCUGCCUAUGAGGUGACAAGCAUCCUUCAGUGCUGUUUAAAUCACAGCUAUUUUUUUUAUUAAUUUAAUUUCAAUUACAAAAGUAGCAUCUCCAUUUAACUUUUAUUUUAAAGAUGUACUACCUGUUCAAAAGAAAAGCUUUAUAUAAAGAAUGUGCUGUGGCUCA